AAAAACAGCUGACUGUGUGACGCACAUUUUAUUGUUUACUCGCGAUUUCAGCUAUUUUUGGCUUGAAAAAUGAUUGUUCGACGAUUUUUGUUUCAAAUUACGCGAAAUUCGGAGGUUUUGAAAAGCCUUCCGAUCGUCAGAGCUUACAACACGAGCGAAAAUCGCCAAAAAGAGGAAGAAAAUUUGUUCGAAUCAACUUUAGAGAAUCCCCAAAGAGCAUCAAAAGAAAGCCCGCAUGAGAAAUUAAUCAGAGUAGCAAUUGUUGGAGUACCAAAUGCAGGAAAAAGUACCCUAAUAAACACUUUAGCUGAACAUCGAAUUUGUCCCGUUUCAAGCAAAGUUCACACAACGAGAAACUUUUCACGAGCAAUAUGCGUAAAAGACAACACACAAAUUGUAUUUUUCGACACGCCAGGCUUAGUUAAGGAACGUGAGAUUAAAAAACAUCAUUUGGAAAAGUCUUUUGUCAGCGCCUAUCGUCAUUCAAUCCAAAAUGCGGAUUUAAUUGCUGUUUUGCACGACGUUUCAAAUCGUUUUACACGUGAUACUUUGGAUAAAAGUGUUUUGGAAGCUCUUCAUCAAUACCCCAAAGUACCGAGUAUCUUAAUUUUGAACAAAAUUGACUGUUUGAAGUCGAAACGCAUCUUACUGAGCCUCGUUGGAAAGUUAACAAAAGGAUAUCUCAAUGGCGAACCCUUCGGAGAUAAAUUCGAAAAGAAAUCUCGACGCAAAAAGAGUGCAAUUCAAAUUUUAGACGAAUUAAAGAGACAAGAAAUGCCAAAAAAGGACGAAGAACAAACAGCAGAAAAUCCAGAUGUGGAAAAUCCUCGCCAAAAAGAAACCGGAUGGGAUAAAUUUCAACAAGUUUUCAUGGUUUCCGCUCUAAAUGGCGACGGCGUACCAAAAUUAACGGAUUUCUUGUGUUCCGAGGCGAAGAACAAACCAUGGUUAUUUGAUGCUGACACAUAUACAGAUCGUACCCCCGAAGAGCUCAUUGUGCAAAGUGUUCGUGCUAAAUUAUUAGAUUUCCUUCCGCAAGAAAUUCCGUAUUCAUUGUCGUGCGCCAUGGAAUUUUACACUGUCGAAAAAGGACAAAUUUUUGCCUCUGUCUUGAUUACUUGUCCAAAUAAGCGAAUCGAAAAGUUGGUUUGCGGCAAUGGAAAUGGAAAACUAAGACAAAUAACGGAAAUGAUCACUUCAGACUUAAUUGAGACUUUUGAAGCGCCAUUUUCGUUAACGAUCAGUACAAAGAGUAAAAGCAAAGAUUAAUUUUUUUUUUUAGGUGACAAAAUUGUAAUAAAAAUUUUUUUUUUCAGUAAAAAUCCAUAGAAAAUGUUUAGUAACGAUAAUGAUCAGGCUUGAAGGGUCCUUCUUGCGGAACACUCAAGUAGUCUGACUGAGCUUUUGUCAAUUUUGUCAAUUUGACGCCCAAUUUCUCCAAAUGCAACAAAGCGACUUCCUCGUCGAGCUUCUUUGGCAACAUGUAAACACCCACGGGAUAUUCCUUGCUCUUGGUCCAGAGCUCGAUUUGGGCGAGAACUUGAUUCGUGAAGCUGUUUGACAUGACGAAGCUUGGAUGCCCAUGAGCACAUCCCAAAUUUACGAGACGUCCUUCGGCAAGUAAGAUGAUGUGACGUCCAUUGGCGAGCAAAUAACGAUCGACUUGCGGUUUGAUGUUGACCUUUUCUUUGGCGUUCUUUUCCAACCACGAAACAUCGAGUUCGCAAUCGAAAUGCCCAAUGUUGCAAACGAUCGAGUCGUCUUUCAUGUUCAAAAAAUGUUCGCCUUGAAUGAUGUCUUUGCAUCCCGUGGUUGUAACGAAAAUAUUUCCUUCUUUGCUGCAUUCAUCCAUCGUUGUGACUUCAUAACCUUCCAUGGCGGCUUGUAAUGCAUUGAUGGGAUCGAUUUCCGUGACAAUUACACGUCCUCCGAAGCCACGAAGAGCCUUUGCGCAUCCCUUUCCGACAUCGCCGUAUCCAGCGACGACGCAAACUUUGCCUGCGAUCAUGACGUCAGUUGCACGUUUGAUGCCAUCAACGAGAGAUUCACGACAUCCAUACAAAUUAUCGAAUUUGCUCUUUGUUACAGAGUCAUUUACGUUAAUUGCCGGGGUGCCAAGACGUCCUUCCUUGAACAUCUUGUACAAAUUAUGAACUCCCGUUGUAGUUUCUUCACUGAUACCCUUGAUGCCCUUGAUGUAUUGCGGAUAUUUUUCGUGAACUAAAUUCGUUAAAUCGCCGCCGUCAUCCAAAAUCAUGUUCAACGGUUGACCAUCCUUGAAAACGAGCGUUUGUUCAAU